CAACUUGUCAGCUCCAAAUACGGGUCUUUGGUGCCUGCAGAGCUCGUCUCGUGAACAUGGGCUUCAAAACGUCACUCCGUAUUGUGGCUCUAUCGCUCGCCUUGGCGACACACGCGACACAGCAUGACGUCCUCGAUUUCGUAAAUCCCCUCAUUGGCACCAUCAAUGGAGGCCACGUAUUCCCGGGCGCGACAUUGCCUUUCGGCAUGGCCAAGGCUGUUGCAGACACGAAUGGCGCAGAGCUUCAAGGGGGCUUCGCCUCUGAUAACUCAGAUAUUGUCGGAUUCUCCCACAUGCACGACAGCGGUACCGGCGGAGGUGCUUCGCUAGGCAAUUUUCCCUUGUUCGCGCAAAGUGGAUGCUUGAAUGGCGAGCUCAACAAUUGCUACUUCGCCAAGGCGCUCCGCGCAUCGAAACGCAUCAACGACACGGUGAUUGCUGAGCCAGGAUAUUUUGCAGUCGCCUUGAACAGCUCCAUCAACACGGAGAUGACUGUUACAAACCACACUGCCUUGUAUCGCUUCACGUUUCCCAGCACGCCAAAGCCCAUGAAGAUUACGGACAAAGGCUCCGUUCCCAACGAGCCCUUGAUCCUGGUCGACUUGACGGACUUGUCCAACUCACGCAGUCGGGCCAAUAUAUCAGUUGAUGAUCGCACCGGCCGUAUCACUGGCAGCGGAACCUUCCAGCCGUCCUUUGGAAUUGGGACGUACACGCUCUACUUCUGCACCGACUUCCAGGGCGCCGAGAUCAAGCAGACGGGCGUCUUCCAAAACAACCGUGCAGGCACACACCCCAAGCAUCUCCAAACUCAGGCCGACGGCAGCAGUAAGCCGCCAGUGCCCGCCGGCGCGUUUGUUCAGUUCAAAAGGCCAGGAAAGCACAACGAAAUUGUAGCACGAGUUGGUUUGUCCUUUAUAAGUACUCAGCAGGCUUGCAGGAACUCCGCAAACGAGAUUGGUGAUUUCAACUUUAACAGUACUCGCCAGAAGGCACGCGAUGCUUGGGCAGAUAAGCUGAGCACAGUACGGGUAGAUGCCACGGGAGUCAACAAGACCCUUCAGACCGUCUUCUGGUCCGGCAUGUACCGAUCAAUGAUCUCUCCUCAGGACUACACUGGCGAGAACCCACUUUGGAAGAGCGAUGAGCCCUACUAUGACUCAUUCUACUGCAUUUGGGAUUCGUACCGGAGCAUACACCCUCUUCUCACAAUACUUGACCCAGUCAGCCAGACACUCAUGGUGCGCAGCUUGAUUGACAUAUACCGUCACGAAGGGAAGCUGCCAGACUGCCGAAUGAGCUUGUGCAAGGGCUUUACACAAGGUGGCAGUAAUGCGGAUGUCGUUUUGGCGGACGCAUAUGUCAAGAAGCUCAACGAUGGUAUCGACUGGAAAACGGGAUACGAGGCUGUUAUAUCCGACGCCGAAGACGAGCCUCCUAUAUGGUCUGUUGAGGGGCGAGGAGGCCUUGCCAGCUGGAAGGAGCUCGGCUACAUCCCAACGGACGAUUUCGACCCCUAUGGCGUUGGUCCUUUCACGCGGUCCAUUUCUCGCACUGUGGAGUAUGCCUACAACGACUUUUGCAUUGCUGAAAUGGCACGGGGCAUGAAGAAGCAGGGUGACGUCGAGAAGUACCAAAAACGCGCAGAAAACUGGGUAAACAUGUUCAACAAGGACCAGCAGUCAACAGUCCAAGGCAAGACAUUUACCGGCUUCUUGCAACCGAGAUACCUGAACGGCACCUAUGGUUUCCAAGACCCGACAUUCUGUACUCCGAUGCUCAACUUUACAAGCUGCUACUUGAAUAGCAACGGACACGAGACAUAUGAAGGCAGCAGUUGGCUGUACACAUUUUACGCGCCGCAUGAUAUGGACGCCCUCAUCACUACCCUGGGUGGACCCACGGAAUUUGUUCGACGGCUGCAAUUUCUACACGACACACCUGAUCUCCUGUAUAUGGGUGAUGAGCAGGGUUUCCUUAUGGUCUAUCUUUUCCAUUAUGCGGGACGUCCUGGACUAAGCUCAUUCUACCAGCACCAUUACAUUCCGUCCCUGUUCAACGACACCGUGGUUGGUAUUCCUGGCAAUGACGACUCUGGAGCAAUGGGUUCAUUUAGUACUCUUGCUAUGAUGGGCGUCUGGCCCGUAGCUGGCCAAGACGUUUACCUUAUUAACCCCCCCUUUUUCCCCGAGAUUACGAUCACCAACCCCAUCACGAAGAAAAAGGCAAUUAUACGCACCAUUCAAUUUGAUGCAAGCUACGAGAACAUCUACAUACAGAGCGCGAAGCUUGAUGGCAAACCAUAUACACGAAACUGGAUUUCUCAUGACUUCUUCGUUCAAGGCGGGGUCCUUGAGCUCACGCUCGGGAAGGAAGAAAGCCAGUGGGGAACUAGGCAGCAAGACUUGCCACCAAGUAUGAGGAAGAAUCAUAGUAGAUAG